AUGGACCCAGCAUUGCAAGAUCGCCUCCAGGACCUGGGAGACCUGGAGCUGGCACUUCUCCUCUCCAUGGUCGCUGAAGAACACUGUAUUUUCUCUACAGAUCCAGCCAUAUCCGGCAGUCUCCAUCGCGAGUUGGAGCUUACGUGCAUGGAGACAUUUGGCACUCAGCCUGUCCUCAUCGAAUGCUCUCCUGAGAUCACAGUGGAUGAGUUCAACGAGGCCCUACUGGUCGAGGCAGAUGAAGACUCGGACGAAAUGGCUGAUCGUGGCGAGACGAUGCCGAGGGUCAGAGUCUCGAUCAAUUUCACCUCUGUCAAGGACCAGGAACCCGGACGACUUGGGAGCAUCGGUAACAAUAAGUUGGACGAACGACGAAUUGCGGAUGUCAUCAUAGCCACCGGACUUGAUACUGCAGACGAAAGUGUUCAGGUCCAAGCCUUCGAGUUGCUUCGCUCAAAGCGUAUAUUCACCAGGUCUGCGAUGCACGUGGCACCCAAGGAUCUUCUCUUCAUUGUUGUACUUUCGAGCCCCGAUGCCCGUCUCUUUCGCCAUCUCAACGAUAUAUUCUGUCUGUCACACUUGCACGGUGAAGGAGAUGGAUUUCCACACCUUGAGGGUUCAUCAGAAAAGCCUGCGAUGCCGAGCUUCAGUCCAGAGGAUAUCAGCUAUCUACGAACACUGACCAGCAAGAUCUUCAUCACGGCUGAGAUGGCUCAGUUUGUCCACAACAUUGUCGUCUUCAUGCGAAACAGCCGAUAUAUCAAGGGAGGAGUAACAGCUACGGCCACGCGGCAACUGCGUCUUCUCAGCCGGGCUUUGGCGCCAGUUCAUGGACUUGACUAUGUUCCGCCCUCAUUGGUGGCAUUGGCUGCACGCAAGAUCUAUCCGCAUCGACUGGUCCUGGCUACGGCAGAGAACGAGAAGAGUCUCGUGUGGGGAAGCGAUCCAGAAGCCGUUCGAGAGCUACUUGACGGCCUGACCAUUGAAGACGCUAUCGAAGACGUUCUUGCGAGUAUUGAAGCACCUCUAUGA